GAAAUGAAAGAGGGGGAGCAAAAGACGACGUCCGGGCACGAGUGGCAACGCCAGCUUUACUUGGCCAUAACUCGGCACUGUCCAGGAUGCUGCUGCUGCGGCGCCUCCUCAUUCUUCCAUCGCAGCCUCUGCUCCUGCCCUGUUCCGAGGCCGGGCUGCGGCGCACACACUCACACACGCACAGGAACGUGACGCCGUCGUGCUUCGUGCUAGUCGAGCCUAGCUUGCG